AUUACAUCAGCCACACUACACACAGUCACACACAUCAUGAACACUCGCUCACAGUUACGGCUCAUUGCUUCCUUGAUCUUCUUCCCUUCGUCUCCUCUAAACCUCUGAUCGCUAAAAUCCCAUCUAUAUUCUCUUCUUCUUUGUUCUUUUCCUCGUUUUUUUACAGGUUUUGUUGUUCUCAUCAUGUGAUUUUCUGAAUAUCUUCAUCACCCUCACCUGUUUCUGAGUGUUCUUUUUCUUCUUCGAUUUUUUGGAGCUUCGAACGAGUAUAUUGCAGUUGAUGGUAUGGAUCUGAAAGAAGACAAGAAACAAGAUUCCGAGGAAAAGAACACCAACAGCGCCUCACCCAAAAGUUGCAGCGAUUGUCACACUACCAGAACUCCCCUGUGGAGAGGCGGCCCAGCCGGACCUAAGUCACUAUGCAAUGCGUGUGGGAUCAAAUACAAUAAAAAGAGGAGGCAGCUUCUGGGAUUAGAUACCGGAAGAAGUAGCAAGAAAAAGAAGAGAAGCAGCGUUAAUCGAAGCAAUGAAGUCCGAGAGAUUCUGAAAAUGCGAUUUAUGGCUUUGGGAAACGAUAUGCUGUUGCAGAGAUCAAGAAAGCUGAUGAGCAAGUUGAGAGAGGAGGAGCAAGCGGCGAUACUCCUGAUGGCUCUCUCUUGUGGAUCCGUUUAUGCUUAGUUGAGUAGUACCUGAAGCUGAUGGUGGUAGUACGGGAAACUUCUGGGGAUCAAGAAUUUCUAACCAAAUGUAAUGUUAGUGUGAGGAGGGUUUUUAGUUUUGAUGCUAGUAAUUGACUAUUGUUAACCGUAGGUGGUUUUUUGCCUCCAAUGGAGUGUGUUUGAUGGAUGGAUGUAAGAAGCUUUGAGGGGUUUCUUGGAGGAAGUAGUGAUGUAAUCCACUAACAAUGAUUUUUUGAUCAUGUUUUGCAGUAGAAUUAGUCCCUUUAGAUUUGUGCUA